ACCGAAGCAUAUGUAGUACUGCAGUUCAAAUGCGAAUCACUGAGGCUUUCGUCAAGCGUACAUGCAUGGGUGUCUCUGUGGUGGGAAUUUGAUCAGUUAUAAAAAUUGAGACAGUCGAAUUGGACACCGUCACAUCUGUUCGCAAGUACUUAAUACGCUUGUUAAAUAGUGUGAAUUGCGCUCCGACGUGCAGUGUGCGUGUCAUCGUGACAUAAAAACUUCUGCGUAAAACUGUGGAUGUAUCUCUGUAAGCAUGAGCUAGUUUUGAUUCUAGUUGCUCUCAAAGUAAGCUGAAGUAUGGAUUCAUCACAUGUUGCCAAUCGUGGGGGUACAACCCCCACCAAACCGGCGCCCAAAUCUACGCCUACAGACGCCGCCGAAAUAACGCCCGAGCUAGUGUCAUUUGGAAAUCCCACAAUUCUGGGUAGUGAGUUUUUGGUUACAAAUGAUAAUACAUCUGUUGAUAGUGUACUUGCCGGAUGUGGUGGAGAAAGUGAGUCGGGAGAUAAGAGUAUGCAGAAUGUACGUGCGCAUUUGAUUAGACACUAUGACGAAGGUCAAAGCGAACCUACUUUAGGCGAAGGUGUGCGUGGUUUAGAUGGAACCUCUGGUGUUGAAGGAUCCGAGUACGUCCACACAGAUCCUUUAAAUUCUAACAAUAAAACACAGCGCAGCGUAAAUGAAGGGAGACACCGAACGCAAGGAGCACGGAAACGAACACUCAGCAUUGACAAAGCCAGAAGCGAUAGUCAACAAUCAGGUCCAGUAUUCAACAAUACACACAACCCUCACGAAGAAGAAGAGCCUUAUGCGUCUCGCAAGAAAGCACAUAAACAACUUAAGGUGAAAAACAAACCCGAUUCGCACCCGGUAACUAGUAACUAUCUAGAUCGAGGAUUGAGGCCAAUAGGGGACGAUCGGAAGCCGGGCCAUACUACGGAUAUGCAUGCACUUGAUGGAAUGGGUGGGAUGUCGCCGAAGGGUUUAGGUGCAUGCAAGUAUGAAUUAUCCCAUGGAAGUGCCACUCAUAGUUUCCAAGACUUGCCAUCUGGGAGUAUCUGCGACGGGGCCGCCAGUGGAGGUGAAGACAAUGCGAAUGGCGCGAAUGAUGACAACGGCGGCAAAUUGCUUAACUGUAGUAAUUUAAAAUGGGAUAGCCGCGAGGAGGACAAUCUAGAUUAUAGCGAUGUUUAUGAUACCAAUAUGUCCUUCCUCAUACCCGAGACUUUCAUCAGUCUGCAACAACCCUUGUCCAGUUUGCCAUCAAGUCAGGUACGCGGGAAUUCGCUAUGUGAUCCUUCACAACCAUCCCUCCGGACACUCCCAACACGUGACUCGGCACAUUCACAGUCCAGCGUACAUACACAAGUGAUGGCAUCUGAGGAUGGUUCUGAAGAGAAAAACUCGGAGGCUGAAAUGUGCGCAACAUAUCCCAGUGAGAGCUUCACGGAGAAUCCACGUGUUGGCGAGCCGGCGGCAAACCAGUAUGAUACCACUGAGAGGAAUUUGCAGCGAAGACAAACGCAGACACAGACUCAAACACAAACACAAACACAGACACAGAAACAGAUACAUACAGGGGCGACUGCUCGGAUACAGGGAAAAGGAAAGGGUCUAACACUGCAACAGAAGGUUGUCCCAUCCAACACCUCUGUAGGUAUCGACUCGAGCGAUCUCGCACAGGACGGGCGAGUGGCUGUGGAAUGUUACAAUCACAAUGCUAUCAUUUCUGAAAAGCUUCAUCAUACAGGUGAUCAAGGUCAUUUUGAAGAGGACAAUACUCAUGGUACUAGUCAGGCAAACAGACAUACAAACGAGGGCAAGGGAGUACCGCAUGGUGUCAAAGACAGCGGUGUCGUGAAUGAUGAUGGUGUAAAUAGCGAUUAUAAAAAGAUAGGUACACCCACAGGACGUAGAAUAAAUGGCAUCGAUACAGGCUUAACAGAUAGCAGCCCGCAGUCUACUGUCGGGGUGGGAGAAGAAAGCGGAGCACCUGCUCCAGGGCAGAGCAGAGUACGUGGUUGCCAGGGUGACUGUGACGACUGCAGUCUAAGUGGCAAAGUCUGCUUAGCAAGCCAUGACACCCAGGCGCUCGAGGUAGCACGUGAUGAACUGCCUGGUAACAAGAGAGAGGUGACUGCCAGCUGCACUGCCGCGCAUGCUGACAUAGGAGUGUCUUUAUUGAGUGAGAAAUCGAGUGAUGCAAGAGGUGGACCGAGAUCUGAAGCCAUGGUGUCUAGUUUACCGCCUAUGCAGGAGGUGCGAGUAGCCCAGGCUAUGAUGGCGAAAAUUCAGCAUGCCAUCACUUGCUCCAUCUGCUUAUCCCUUCUGCAAGCUCCAAUGAAGACACCCUGCAACCAUCGCUUCUGCAAGUUUUGUAUCGCUACUCAUCUCAACAACCAAGCGUCAUGCCCGCUGUGCAAAGGCCCGGUAACGAAACGUUCUCUCGCAGAGGACAAUGAAAUGCUGAGUCUGAUUCGGAAUAGCAAAAGGCUUGCGCGAGCGAUAGAAACAGAUACUGAUGGAUGUGAUACUCUGGAUAUCGCGGAGCCACAGUGGUGUGGGACACAGGAUGUAAGCCAAGAGAAGAACAACAUUAUCGUAUAGUUCUCUUGGAUUGAGCUAUCGUCGGUUAAAAUAUGAACCUUGCAAAUAGACGGGAGUGAAUCAGAUGGCAUCAGGUUGCCGACUUGUCAUUGUCAGAGAAGUAUUUUUAUAGGAAGCUUCGCAGAGACAGACCGUAUCCGUUUUCUACGCUCGUGUACUGUACUUCAUUAAAGAGCCUUGAAUAGAGAUUGUCGGUUCAUAAUAGCUGCUUAUUAUUAUCAGCACAGGCAAUUUACGAUACUAAUACUUUGCGUCUCCAAGAUGAGAAGGUACCCUCUAGGUGAGUGUGAAUCCGAGGUGUAGGACUUGUGUAUUUAAUUUUCUCUCUUCCGCACGUAGAUGAGUAUAUCGCUAGUAGUCAUAUGGCGCAGAGCAGACACAAGUUGAAAGAGUCGGGUCGCUUGGGUGCUAUAACUGAUAAUAACAAACAUGCCGUCCUUCAUAUAUUAAUUUAUACGCG